CUAUAUGACUUUGUUGAUCAUUACUAAGACGAUAUAAUUUAAAGCUCUGUUUGCACAAUAAACUUUUCCUUGACAGCUUUUUGUAAUUUUGCCUAUGUAAUGGUAUGAUGUCAUAGCACACCCAUUGAGCAAAUCAACGGUAGUAUUUGUUACAUAAAAAUUAUAUCAUGAAUUGCGCUUUAUAAUACAUUGUUUAGUGCUGCUCAGGCCUACUGAACUUUUAUAGCAUAUUAUGCUCCCGUAAAGUUCCCAGAAGAGAGACUGUAUGGAGCUAUAAUCCAUUAUAAUCCCUGAUCAGCACAGUGAGUCGAGGAAGUAAUGGUCUAUUACAUAAAUCUUAAAUGAAUGUAGUACAAUGUUAUUUUGUUGAGUCAUGUACAAUUUGCGUUUAAAUGUAUCAUAAAGUUUCUAAGAAAAUAUCUUAGGCAUCUAUUUGUACAGACUUGAAAUAAUGAGGAACUAGAAUACAAUAUAUUUGGUUUAGGCUUAUUAUAAAGUGCCUUGUCAGGACAGGAACGAAGAACAGGGGUUAUGUCAGUGGUGGUGGGAGCUCAGGCGUGAAUGGCCAUCUAGUACAUGUGGUCCUAAGGGGGUGGGGUCCUAUGUUCCGAAUAGAGAGGGCUUCCCUAACUGUUGGGGUAUGUCAUGGAAGUUUUAGCCAUUUUCAUUUCUUCAGUAUUAAUAUCACACUUGGUUCUAGAUUUGGCUGCUGUCGGAGGGGUGGAGAGCUUGAGUGCACUCCAGGCGUGCAAUGGCUGUGCGCUUUCAUUCGGCAGUCCGCAGGGCUACCGACCCAAAGUGGUCCCGACGUACCGGUAUACAACCCGACCCAUAGGUCCUGAAUACCGGUCGCCGAAACAGCAUAACAGGGCUAUAUCUGAUUCCGGUACCCAAAUAAAGGCUCUGAAGAAACCACAUGAAACGAACCUUCCACUGGUUUAUAGACAUGCACACGUGAUCGACGAAGAGCUACCGACUAUGGUACGCAUGUUCCUUAGUGACGCCAAUUUUCCAGCAUUUGUUGGACAAGUCGAAAAAGAAUUGAACGCUAUAAUGCAGUGAUAUAAUAUGCAACAUUUUUUUUAUAUUUGUAUCAGAUGCUUAAUAAGCAGCUUACUAAUAAACAUUCUUGUCACAAAAUA